UUUCUGUUUCCAAGUGUCUGGCUGGGCCUGGACAGUGGCCAGGAGGGCCCUGGUUUUGGCCUGUGGUCCUGUCUUCAGGUGGAAGGAGAAAAGGGCUCCAAGGCGUAGUUCAGGUCCCAUGGUUCUAGGAUCUUGAAGUAACGGACAGCACCAGUGCCUUUUCAUACUUGGACCCUACAAAUGCCAUUGAAGGCGAUAAACAACAACGAUGUUGCAUUUGCCAACAUCCUGCAUGCACUGGGGGAAUUUGGCAAAUUCCAGCAGAGGCUGGUAGCUCUCAUCUUCAUCCCCGGCAUCCUGUUGGCCUUCAUGUAUGCUGAGUGCUUUGUGUUCGCAGACCAGAAGCACUACUGCAACACCAGCUGGAUUCUGGCAGUUGGCCCCAACCUCUCAGAGGCUGAGCAGCUCAAUCUGACCCUACCCCGAGCACACAACGGCAGUUUCCUGACAUGCCUCAUGUAUUUGCCUGUGCCUUGGGAUUUGGAGUCGAUCAUCCAAUUUGGCCUCAACCACACUGCUACAUGCCAAGAUGGGUGGGUCUAUCCUAACUCCACAACUCGAUCAUUGAUCAAUGAGUUUGACCUAGUGUGUGGCAAGAAGCCAGAUGAGGAAAGCCUGCAGUCCAUAUCCAUGGCUGGCUUCCUGACAGGAUCUCUCAUCUUCGGGCUCAUAAAUGACAUGCUGGGCCGUUACCCUGCUAUCCUGAUGUCACUGCUGGAGCUGACCGUCUUCAACUUCGGAACAGCUUUUGUGAGCAGCCUUCACCAGUAUUUUUUCUUCCGCUUUCUUGUCUCCCAAGCAGCGAUGGGUUACACAAUCAGCAGUGUGUGCUUAGCCACUGAAUGGCUAGUGGACAAUCACCGGGCCCACGCCAUCUUCCUGGAGCACUGCUUUAUCUCUGUGGGCGUCCUGUCCCUAAUGGGACUCAGCUACAGCCUUCCCCACUGGCGGCUGCUGUUCCUGGUGGGUGGGGCACCUAUGUUCCUGUUCAUCUUUUACAUCUGGAAUCUCCCAGAGUCCCCACGGUGGCUGAUGACGAAAAGGAAGGUGGAAGAAGCCAAACAGGUGCUGUGCUAUGCAGCCAGUGUGAACAAGAGGAUCAUUCCUUGCAACGUGCUGAAUAAGUUGCAGCUGCCUGGAAAUAUGACAACUGAGGCAUCUGUCCUAGAUUUUUAUAACAAUAGGCACCUCCGCAAGCUGUUCUUGAUGACAGGCUGUGUCUGGUUUACUGUCAAUUACAUCUAUUUUAUACUGAUCUUUAAAAUGAGAGACUUUGGAAUGAACCUUCACAUCAGGGAGGCCAGUUCUAGCAUCAUGAAGGUACCCAUUCGGCUGUGCUGCAUCGUAGUCCUUGAGUGCAAAGGGAGGAAGUGGAGCCUGAUUUUGACUCUCACCCAAACCACCAUCAUAUGUGGCCUCCUUUUGGUCUUCCAAGGUACAGUCCACCUUGCUACCAGCCUCCCUACCUCCUUGGAAACCUCCCCAGUGCCCUGGGCUGGACCCUGAAUUAGGCACCUUGAAGUUGACCCCUUGUACACCCUGAAAGAGCCCCACAGGACAUACUCCCUCACCCACUGAGAGGUCUGAGAGAAGAGAUCGUGCUGUCCAGGGCAAUCAUCUUUGUGUAGGAAGGAAGGCAGGCUUCUUUCCCUGGUUCCAACCCACAUCAGAAGUAGAUCUGGUAGUCACAGGUGAAAUAUUCCUCUAGCUACUGCCCUGGCCCCUCUCUCUGCAGCCCGGCUGGAGUCUCUGUUGUUAUCUGGGACUUUGAAUAUAGUAUAUUCACUGAAAACUGGGUGAGUGAAACGUUGAGCCCAACCACAGGACUAGUUCUUGCUCAGAGGCCUCUCCUUCCUGAGCCCUCAGUACCCAGCUCCUGAGGCUCAGCACUCAGAAAGGAAGAAGGCAAGUGCUGGAAAUAUCCCCAGCAAUUCAAGAGCCCUAGGCAAUGAACACACAUCAGGUUAUGGAACUGGUUCUUUCAGUGAUGGGCUGAGGCAGGGGACUGAUAACAGAGGAGUUGCCAACCUUGGCAGACAGUAAGCAAGAGCUGCAGUCCCAGUCCCUCCUGAGUCUGUGUUUAUCCUUCAGGUUGUGCAUCCAGCUGCCCAGAGGCAGGUAUCCUGAAGAGUCUAGACCAGUCCCUGCAGUGCAGACCCCUGGGAUUAAACACCCCUUACCCAGUUCAUCUUGCACAGAUCAGGCAUGUGGGAACUCAGCUCAGCAUGGUGGACAGUAGCCCGAGAGGCCUUUGGGCCACUUAGCAGGAGACCCAAUGGGCCAAACCCACCUCCCCAGCCAAGGCUCCCACUACAAAGGUACAAAAUGCCAGCCUGGUUGGGCCUCCUCUUACUGAAUGCCUGAGUCUGUGGGCCAGCUGACUAAGUGGCCCGGAUGCUUUCUGCAAGCGAUUGAGAAAGGGCUGAUGAGCCCCAAAGACAGGAUGGCCCCAGACUCAGGGGCCUCUGUU